AUGCUUGGCGUCGGCCUACCCGGCCCCGGCGCGGGCUUGGCUGGCGGCAGCAUCGGCGGUGCGCUCGGCGGCGGUGGCGCCACUUCACCUACCACAUCCACUGCCUCGGCAGGCAUCGUCGGUUGCGGCAGCAGCAGCAGCAGCGGCCUACUAGGCAGUGCUGGCCUGCUUCCCGGCUCUACCUGCAGCACCUUGCCACAUCCGCCGUCUUCCGCCGCUGCGGCCGCCGUCGUGUCCAGCGCCUUGGCGGCGGCAUCAGCCACCUGCGCGGGCGUGGGCAGCGCAACGGCGAACUUGAAUAGAAAUCUAGUGAUAUUGCGCAAUCACUUGCGUAAAAACACAAAUGUGCCGCCCGCAACGGCGACGACAGCGACAGCGCCUGCGUCAGCGUCAACUGCACUGUCCACACCGACGCACACGGGCGCAUUCAACGACAUCACGCCCACCAACACCAACACGAACACACUCAGCAGCAGCACAAUCAGCGCACACAUCAACAACAUCAAUACCAAUCUGGAUCGGGAUCAAUAG